AUGGCUGCCAUUACACUGUCUUUAUUCUUUUUUUUUGCUUUUUUCGUUGUUUAUUCUAAUGGAAAUAUAGGUACGCUUAUGAAUAGUGUCGCAAGCAUUCAUGAAUUUCAUUUAGGAAACUGUGAUCUGUCAGCUGCGCCGCCAAGUUGGCUGAGCACAAAUGGAAGUGGCAUUGUCGAUUGGGCGACUGCGGGACAGCCGACCAAUGGAACUAACUUUUGUCUUCAGGUAUUUUGGAACAUAGACUAUGAGGUUUCAAUAGAACAUUUACAGGGUGACCUCACUCAGAAAGUAGUACAAGUUGCUUAUCACAUUGACUUGGGAGACGCUUUGCAGAAGUCAAUAGAUUCGUCUUCCCGAAGAAAUAAUGCUAACUCACAGAAUAGUUGCAUCAACAACAGCUCGAGAAUUGUCGUCUGUUUCCCCUUGUGCUUCAAUGACACUCUUCAGAACAUGGUAAGAACCCGGCGAAGAAAGUUAGUCUAAUUGUUUUUGAAAAUGUAGGUCAUCAAGUCUGCGUUGAAAUCGAACCAACCUUCUGUUGUUGCUAAGGACAUUCAGACCACAACUAAUCUCGACUGGGCAAUUACAGUUAUUCAGGCGAGCCUCUAGCAUUUCUACAGUUUAUCGUCUAAACACGAGAUUUCGGGUGUUUAGAACAAAUGAACUUACAAGUCCUUUCAUUUUAUUUGAAUUGUAGGUUGACUACAACGACCCGAAUGCUCAUUUGAACGCGAGUGUGUUCUUGGUGCCGGACGCGUGGUGCAGUGUCUACAUCGGAAUCAAACCUCAAUUGGGAUUCGACUAUCUCUACGAAAUUCAAUUGGGAAAGAUUCUCAAAAGUUAA